AUGAUGGAGGUAGUCAAAAAAGAGGUUCUUAAAUUGCUUGUUGCAGGAAUAAUUUACCCUAUCUCAGAUAGUAAGUGGGUUAGUCAUGUACAAGUAGUUCCAAAGAAGGGGGGUAUGAUCGUUGUCAAGAAUGACAAGGGUGAGCCAAUCGCCACUAGAACUGUUACAGGAUUUUAUAGACGAUUUAUUAAUGAUUUUUCAAAAAUCACUCGACCUCUAACUGAGCUUUUGGCCAAGGAUGCCUCAUUUGUAUUUACUGAUGCUUAUCUUAAGGCUUUUAACAGGUUGAAGGAAGCUUUGAUCUCCGCUCCUGUUAUGCAACCCCCAGAUUGGACACUACCAUUUGGGAUUAUGUGUGAUUCUAGUGACUAUGCGGUAGGGGCCAUUUUGGGGAAACAAAAGGAUGGAAAACUUCAUGUUGUUUAUUACUCUAGUAAAACUCUUAGCCCUACUCAAAUGAAUUAUGUCACAACUGAAAAAGAGAUGCUAGCGGUAGUUUAUGCAAUAGACAAGUUUCAUUCUUACCUAGUUGGUUCAAAGUUGCAAGAUUAUGACAUUGAGAUAAAGGACACGAAAGGGGCUGAGAAUGUCAUUGCAGACCAUCUUUCUCGCCUCCUCCUCAAUAAUGGGGACGGCGACGACCUCCCUUUUGAUGAUUCUUUCCCUGAUGAACAUUUAUUAACACUCUCUAAAAUUGAAUCACCUUGGUAUACUGAUUUAGCUAACUUCUUGUCCACAGGUCCUACGAAAACGGCCGCAAAGAUUUUACAAUGUGGUUUCUAUUGGCCAACUUUGUUCAAGGAUGUGUAUUCAUAUGUCAAGGCUUGUGAUUGUUGUCAACGAACCGGUAAUAUUUCAAGGAAGCACGAGAUGCCACUCAAUAACAUACUCGAGGUCGAGUUGUUUGACAUGUGGGGGAUAGAUUUCAUGGGACCAUUCCUCUCUUCCUAUGGAAAUCGAUAUAUUUUAGUAGUCGUUGACUAUGUCUCAAAGUGGUUUGAAGCAAUUGCUACUCCAACCAACGAUGCUCGUGUGGUAAGUAAGUUUUUCAAGAAAGUUAUUUUCCCUCGUUUUGGCUUACCACAUGUGUUGAUUAGUGACAGGGGAACACAUUUCUUAGAGCAUUGGUUCGAAGCGAUAUUGAAGAAAUAUGGAGUACAACAUAGGCUUGCCAUUGGCUAUCAUCCACAAACUAGUGGUCAAGUUGAAGUGUCCAAUCGAGAAAUUAAAUCUAUCCUAGAGAAAACGAUUGCAAGGACAAGAAAGGAUUGGUCGGUCAAGAUUGACGAUGCACUAUGGGAAUAUCGAACGGCUUUAAAAUGCCAAUUGGUGAACGACCAAAGAGUGAAGCACUAUCGAGCAGGUGAUCCAAUUGAUGAAAGAGUGGAGACUACACUCUCGACACCAUCACAAGAUAAUUGA